AUGGAGUUGUUCGUGGGCACAUUCAAUGCCCCGUACUUGUACACGCUCUCUUUUGACCCUCAUCUUGCCCAUCUCAACGUUACGCACAUCAGCAAUGCCACCGCUUACCACCCAUGGCUUUCAUUUGCACCAAAUCAAAAGACACUUUACGCAACGGCUUGGGAGCCCCCGGGCGUAGCAGCCUAUAAAAUUCAUCGCGAUGAUGAUGGUUCAUCGCAUACACUCGAGCUGAUCAACUCCAACUCAGUAGUCGAACUGCCUGGCUACGUUACCGCUACCAACUCCUAUCUGUAUAGCGCCGGCUGCGCAUCGGGCGAGGUAUUCCGUGUUGAAAGCGACGGGGCCCUGGGCGAUCUAGCACAACAACUUUAUUUCCCCAUCGGCGGCAGUGAGGGUGUCUCUCCACCUGGCAGGGUCGCUGGUAUCGCGAACGGAACGCACAGUGUUGAUCCAAGCCCUGACGGAGACACGCUAUACGUUGCAGACAUUGGAGCAAAUGGUGUGUGGACCUUUACGGUUUCGGAAGCCAAUGGAAACCCUGCCGUCCUUACAGACCAACAGUUGCAUGGAGCGCCGAGGGAUCACGACGGCCCCCGCCAUGCCUGGCCUCACCCAGACGGAAAGAUCUUAUACACCAUUGGAGAGCACUCUAACAUGGUGGAUGUGUUCCGUGUGAAGAAGCACUGCAAUGGAACUGUGAAGGACCUGGAACAUUUGCAAGGCGCCAGUGUUCUGCCCCAGGGUAGCAACGUAACGCAUUUUGCGGCGGACGAAGUUCGACUCUCGACCGGACCUCCGGGCAGUCCCCCUCAAUACUUGUUUGCGUCCACUCGAGGCCGUGUCAACAAUGCCAACGGCUACGUAUCGGCUUUUGAGUUGGACACCGAAGGCAAAUUGGUGCAUACGGAAGCUGUUGACAUCUGGGAGACUCCGACAAGCGGAGAAUCGGCCAACGCAGUUGAGCCCGCGCCAUGGGUGGCUGCAGCAUCUCCCGAUGCACCGUCCCUACAAUACCUGGCUCUGACUGAUGACAUUGCGGGCAAACUUCGUAUUCUUACCUUUGAUGGGGCUCAAUUCCAGGAGCUUGUUGCAGUCACUCUUGAAGUACCAGCGUAUGACAAGGAGUUCAAUGGUACAGUUGAAGCCGCUACGGCCGUGUGGCUGCGGCCUGUUGAAGAGACAGCCUAA